GGGAAGCUGAUCCACUUUAACUUUCUCAGACAAUAAUAACGACCCGUCAGUAAGAGGUUUAUUCCCCGCAGGAAACUCGCCAUCGUGUCCGUGGAUUGUUGGACUUAAAAACAAAAACAAAAACCCCGCUGUGAUUUCCCAGGAGAAAAGACAGAUUUUAUUCUUGAGGUCGUCUGUGGGCAGAGGGGCCAAACAAAAUCAUUCAGAGGGCCGCAAAUGGUCCCUGUGCCACACUUUGGACAUCCCUGAUAUUUUUCCCAUGUUAUCUCCGGUGUUUUCUUGCCACAUUCCUGACGUUUCUGCAGACAAGAUCACGUUUUUCACCCCGGAUAUGGCUUUUCUGUGCAGGAGAGGAAGCUGAUUUGAUUUAAAAAAUAUACUUCAGUCUUUCUGCUUUUACUCAAACACUUUUUAAAAAGCAAAAAUGCCAGCAAAGACACCAAUCUACCUAAAAACUACAACCCCAAAGAAAGGGAAGAGGCUGCGGCUGCGUGACGUCCUGUCGGGGGACAUGAUCAGCCCCCCGCUGGGCGACGUGCGCCACAGCGCGCACGUGGGACCGGAAGGCGAGGGGGACAUGUUUGGAGACGUGGGUUUCCUCCAGGGGAAGAUGGACAUGCUUCCGGGCCAUGGCCACGCCCGCUCGCACAGCGUGGACCAGGCCGCCACGCAGGAGCCCCGCAGCUUCGCCUACAACGGCUGCCACUACCAGCAGGCCUCCAACGGGCUGCUGAAGAGCACCGUGUCCAUGCCAGUGUGCGUCGCCCACGAGCAGGCCCCGCCCAAGCCGCCGCGGCUCCACCUGGACCAGCAACCAGGUGAGCCGGGUGACGCUCAGCCGGAAGUUUGUGAAGCGUCCGCCGUGCGCGGGCUCGUCCCAUCAUCCGGGUCCUUCUCGGAGGCGUCGUCGGAGGACUCCGUGUCGGAGACGUGUGGACCCCCGGAUGUCCGCCGCGGCCUCAGCCUGGACUCGGACGCCGGGUUGAGCAACGAGGAUCUGAGCAGCGAGCGCAGUGACUCGCCAUGCCCGGUGCCGGGCCUCCAGCCGGCCGACUCCCUGGCCAGGCUGGACCUGGACCUGGACCUGGGCCCGUCCAUCCUGGAGGACGUGCUGAGCAUCAUGGACCGCUAUAAGGCCGAGGACGACCGCUGCGAGCUGUGAGGACAGGACUCUCUGAGACAUGCUGAGAAAAACGGGGAGACUUUACCUGAGUGCAGUGGCGUCCCCAAGAGGGGGGAUAGAGGGGGCCAGGGCCCGGUCUGGAAAAAUGUUAGCUCCCCAGUAAAUCAUGUUCAGGUCAGACAAAGGCAUACAAUCAUCUACUUUAAUCAACACAUACACAUAAAACCCAAUAAAUACAUACAUACACAUAAAAUAAUACUAAAAAAAAAGAUAUUAUUAUAUGAUAUAAAAAAGUGUGAUAUAAAUCACACUUGUUUAAGAAAGUUACAUCUGGAAGGAGCCAAUUUCAAUUGGAAAUGUUUUUCUGAAAGCAGUAUUUGUGUUUGUGGUGCCAUGAAUGCUGAUCCAUGCAUUCAUAGCCAUAUAGUUACCUAAAAAAACAAGUAAUAAAUAGUUUUUUGUCAUUAUUCUUUAUCAUUUUCACAAUAGUACCACAAAAUAUUGUGAUAAAAUUAGAACUCCGUAUCUCCCACUCCAUCCAUCCAUCCAUUUUCUUCACACCCUUGUCCCUAGUGAGGUCGGGAGGUGCUGGUUCCUAUCUCCAGCUAACGUUCCAGGUGAGAGGCAGCGUCACCCUGGACAGGUCCGUAUCUCCCACUCCUAAAAUAUGUAUAAUUUUUCCUUGCCUGGUCUGGCCUUUGGGGGGCGCCACUGAUGAAAUGCAAAACUGUUGCUGCUUUAGACGCUUCUCCAGAACCUGAAUCCUGACACAAACCUGCCGCCAUCGAAGCACAGAGCACUUCCUGUUCCCUUUUCUGCUCCUUCAACGGUUCACCACGUGAUGAAUAUUCCCAGACGGACCUGGGAAACCAAACAGCUGCACAUUUAUUAUUAGAAACUUCGCUGGAUCUUCUGUCCGAUUAUUCUUCCUUGGAUUUUUUUUUUUUAGAUUUCAGUCACCAGCUACUGUUGAUAAACUGUUUGUUUGUUUUUGUUGUUGUUGUUUUAUUAGAAAGAAACUCAGGAUGUUUCCGUUUUUAUUUUUGGAUGGUUUGGAAGCUGUAAGUGUCAGAACAAUGUUCCUUUUUUUUUUUUGCAGAUCUCCUGUUUAAAAUCUGUCAGCAUGAACUUCCUCCAGCAUCACAGUAGCCUACCAUUGAAAUGUUAUUUUAUUCUGUAAAUAUCUCUGUAAAUCUAAAAUAAAGAUAUUUCUUAUAAAUAAA